AUGACAAUAACGAAACUUUUUUAAAGAUUUGUUUAAAUAGAAUUGAAAUCGAAACUUGAGAAUUAGGAUUUUCCAUAUGAGCCAAAGAAAGAGAGCAUUGAUAAAGGAAAAAAAUUGAUGUAUAUAAUUGAUAAUCAGAUCAAACCAGUCAAUACCUUAUUGGAAGGAAUUACAGUGAGUUUGGAAGAAUAAUUAGAGAAAACAUCUGAGAUAGAUCAACAAACUCAUGCCUCGAAAAGACACAACGAAUUUGUAAAUUUUGGUAUGAUGCAUCUAUAUACAUUAAAAUGUCAAGUAAUUUACUAUGUUGAAUGGUAGGAUUUUUUGGAAAUAGGGUGUAAGGCAAGGAAGGAGAGGAGGCUAAAAUAUUGAGAAAAUUUGCAUUCCCUAAAAUAAUAGAUACUUUUGUGCUCCUGAAUUACAAGGAUUGUUGCAAGCUGGAAAAGAGGACGAAAAAGAAAAGGCACUAGUUGGAAUAAUUCAAAACGGAUUUAGAGGCAUCUGGAAUGAUACCAGAGAAACUUACAAGUAAUUUAAGGCGAAAAAUUAACAAGAGGAAACUCGAUGAC